UUGUCAGAUGGUGGGGUGUGGUGGGGGGAAGGGGAAUGAGGAUAAGAUCUGAACAAACAAGACCAGUGCUAUCCUGCUUCAAUCGGUCUUUCUCUUUGUCUUCGAUUCAGGAUUAGUCUAGAGACCUGAAGCAGUAGGUACAGUGUAGUAGUCUUGUUGCUGGCACCGCAAGAUAAGGUGACUGCAUUUUUGGAGACAUGUUUCAUAUGAAAAAUUUGUGUUUAAUUUUCUUAGUUUUCAUUCCCAAUGUAGUUUAUUCAGCUGAAACAUCAGGAAGUUUCCUUGACAAAGAGAAACAGAACCAGGCCAACUCUGGACCGUCAGAAGUCACCCAUGGCCAUUUCAAUGCAUCAGCUGACGCCAAGCAUCUCAAUGACGCAGUUGUUGGCUUGGGAACUGACGAGGACAAAAUUAUCACAGUUUUAACUGGUAGGACAAACGCACAAAGACAAGAGAUAAGGAAGGCUUAUGAGAACCUAUUUCAUAAGGAUCUGAUUCAGGACUUGAAAGACGAUACUUCUGGAAACUUUGAACAGGUUAUUGUGGCACUAAUGCUGGAGCCUCAUGAGUUUUUGGCGAAUGAAGUUCACAGGGCGCUCUAUUCUAUUCUACCAAAAGAGGCAACUUUAGCAGAAAUUCUUUGCACAAAGUCUAAAAAUGAAUUGCACCCCAUCAUUCACGCUUAUAAUAAGAAGCACAGCACGCCUGUGAAUCCGGUGUCCCUGAGAGAUGACAUAGAGGAGAACAUUCAAGAAAGCUUCAGAUCAUUUUUGAAGAACAUCAUCAACGAACAGACAAAUCUGAGAGCAGACUCCGGUGUCAACAAUGAUAAGCAACUCAUUGAGCAGCAACUGAAGUCCAUCCCCAGAGACUUGGAUCAAUGUCAGCCAGCAGAAAACAAAGUUCUUUUCGACAUGUUAUCAAAAGAGAGUUUUGAGCACAUCAGAAAUAUUUCAGCAUUAUUCGAGGAAAGAAACGCUAAUUAUUCCAGAAAAAUGCAUGAUUAUGUGAAGGAUUUCUGCCCUGAAGAUAUGCUCACAGAAGCCUACUUGACAGUCAUGUACUAUGCAUCAUCGCCUGCUGAGUUCUACGCCCACCGCUUGGAUGGAGCCAUGAUUGGUCUGGGAACCAAUGACCACACCCUCAUCAGAAUCAUUGUUGGUCGCAGUGAAAUCGAUAUUGGCCAAAUAAAACAGGUUUAUAAGCAGCUGUUCAAUACCACUUUGGAAUAUUCGAUUGAGCAAGAAACCUCAGGCAGCUAUAAGAAGACUCUGCUCAAAUUGAUAGAAAAAUGAACUUGAGAGGAUCCAAGUAUGCAUCCAUGAAGAUCAGAGAAACACUUCAUCCAAAAUAAUCUGUUGUUUGUUCUUUGUUUCAAAGUGAUCUGAAAAUCGUGAUAACAAUGGUACACAAUAUUAAAACUAUGAAUAAGUUUAAAGUGAAGAUCGAUGAGUCCACGAACAAAAAUGCAUGCGUAUGCGAUCUGACAAAUUUUAUUUUUACUGUCUUAAUUUUAAUCAUAUCUCGAAUUUUUAAUAUUAAAAAUGACAAUAUUUUCUAUACGACUGAUUUAAUUUUAUUGCCGCUUUUAAUUACAAUAGAUAAUAUAAGGUAUA